AUGAAUUAUUCCGCAGUACAACAAAUGAUGUUAGUUGCAAUAGUAUUUAUCAUCUGCUCAUGUCAUAUCACAUCAGCGAUGAUCAUUUCAACACUGCGGGAUAAACAUCCUGAAAAUGUUUCGGAUGUAUCGGUAAUGGAAGAAAUAUUAACUGGCAAUAAAAUCGAUGAAAUGUUACCAAUGGAAGAAACAUUUAAUAAUCAUCAUUUGGGUAAUAACAUAAAAAUGAUUGAAGGCGAUAUUAUGCUUACAAAGCAACAAGAAGAGAUUUGGAAUGAAACAUUCGAUUAUGCUAAAACAUUUUUAAAUCGAAAUAACAGUAUGAGACGAAAUAAGCGACAAGCUUAUCAUGCUGAUAAUUUCUUUUGGCAAAAUGGUGUUGUACCAUAUCGAUUCGAAUCGGGACUUUCCCAACAUGCCAGAUAUAUUACAAAGAAAUCGAUGGAAAUAUGGGAAAGAAAUACAUGUAUUACAUUUGUUCCAACUAAUAAUAAAAAAGAUACGCUUGUCUUUGUUCCAGGUUCAAGUUGCUCCAGUUAUGUUGGUCAUAUGUCACGUUGGAAAAAGCAACCUGUAACGAUUGGUUACAAUUGUGAGCAUAUACAUACAAUUUCACAUGAAAUUGGUCAUGCAUUAGGUUUCUUGCAUACUCAUACUCGAAUCGAUCGUGAUCGUUAUAUUUGGGUUAAAUUUAACAAUAUUCAAAAUGGUUUAUCAUCAAAUUUUAUGCGUUCAGUACAACAAAAUAAUUAUAAUUAUGGACUUCCGUAUGAUUAUGGCAGUGUAAUGCAUUAUAGUAAAAAAGCAUUUACAAGUAAUAGUGAUUUAACAAUCAUUCCUCGAUUACCCUUAUACGAAGAUACGAUGGGUAGCGGUACUGGCCCAACAUUUAUCGAUCUUCUUAUGAUGAAUACACAUUACAAAUGUUUAGAUCGUUGCAAAAAUAGAAUCAAAUGCACAAAUAAUGGAUAUCAGCAUCCUAGAGAUUGUCAUCGUUGUUUAUGUCCAUCUGGCUAUGGUGGAAAAUACUGUGAAAAAAGAGCUGAUUCACCUGGUUGUGGCGCUAAUUUACACGCAACUUAUGAAUGGCAAAAAUUGAAUGCGCAAAUGGGCAAUUAUAGAAGGUUCAAUGAUGAAAUGUCUUAUUGUUAUUGGUGGAUUCAGGCUAGCGAACAUGAUGUUAUUGAAGUGGAAGUAACCUCACUUUCUGGUACCUGUUCAGAAGGAUGCAUUUAUGGUGGCUUAGAGUUAAAAGCUGAUAACGAUAAACGAUUAACCGGUUACAGAUUUUGUUGCAAGCGAUCGAAUGGAAAAGUUGUAAAAGGGAAUGGUCCGAUACUUCCAGUUGUGCUAUUUAAUCGAAAGGAUCAUACAAAAGCACAAAUUAGAUAUCGAUUAAAAAAAAAUCGAUAA